GAGAUAAGCAUAGGUUGAAAGAAUAUAAAGAUGAAACUGUAUUCAUAUACAGUUUAAGUGAGCACGUGUUCCGCAGUUAACCAGAUGGUGACACUGUCGGGCUGACUUAGGACUUUAACAGCCUAAUGGUGCACAGCACCAGCGCCACCGGACCGAGUUUACAUGACAGGCUCAUUCCUCGUCUUCAGCCCGCAAUGGACACACUAGUCUAUUAGUGUCUCUCAAACAUAGACCAAACAAACCUCUGCGUGUGGACAACAGUGAGCCGCGGAGAGUUUCUACAGGCGUCGGGUGGGCGGAGUCUGUUCGUGUUGUCAUCGCGGAGAGCGGUGCUGUGCGGAUUUCUCCGCGGUCAGAGCGGCUUCAGUGUGGAGGCUGACGCCGAGAGAGAGAGAGACGUAAGGCCGACUGCCGCAGCUUCAACUGGGUUCAGCCUUUCAGGAUAACUAGCACGGUCACCCAGCUCGCAGCCCGGACGGGACGCCGCUCUCACUCCCACUUGGAGAUCCAACCCUUCCAGCUGUUGUUCUGCAUUGGUGACACGCUGUGAGAAAAGACUCCACGGCGCUGUGCCUCAGCGCCCCUCAGACACUUGUCCUUGACAUCCAAAUGCUGUGUGUUGAUCAUCGUGCCAGCCGCCUUCUGUGAGUUAUGACGACGGCUGCUUCCUUGACUCAGGAAAGAGGCUCCUCCUCCGCUCAGCAGUGAGCGAAUCGCAUGAUGUAAUGAAGGAGGGAAGUCUGCUCUUCAAGGAGUCUGCCAGCAGGAUAUGAGUAUUUUGAGCCCUGUGACAGAUAACAAAUCAAACCUCGUGGGAAUUGUGGGAGGCCCAGAAGAAUACUCCAGAGCAAUGCAGUCAGAGGAGCUAUUCAACAGGAAACUGAAAGCCCUGAAUGGUAGCAUGGGACCGCCAGCCCCGAACAUGCAGGGUAAAACAGAGGGCGCAGGGAAAACAAAUGGUAAUCCAGCCAUGCCUAAAAUGGGCGUCAGGGCCAGGGUGACAGACUGGCCACCAAGAAACGAUGGAUGGGACGGACGACCUUCGCCAAACUAUCAGAGUGUGAUACCUGUAUUUCAAAACGGCCAGCAGGAACAUACUGUGGAAAUACUGGAGCACGGCGAGGCAGUCUGUCUGGAGGUAGACUACUCUGACAAAUACACACUGAGUGACCUCCUCAGCCACUCCCCGCUGAAGGGUCUACAUCCAAUCCGCCAGCGCAGCAACAGCGACGUUACCAUUAGUGACAUUGACUCUGAGGACAUAAUGGACCAGAAUGCUGUCAAUCCAAACACUGGGGCCUCACUGCACCGCGAAUAUGGCAGCACGUCCUCCAUUGACCGUCAGGGCCUGACUGGAGACGGCUUCUUCACCAUGCUUAGAGGCUACCGAGUAGACACUCUGGACCACCGAAGCAUACCGCCUAUGGGUUUCCCCGAGCUGUUGCGCUGUGAUGCCUCCCUCUCCCCCAGCCUGCAGACAGCAGCUCAGAUCGCCAGGGGUGAGAUAGUCCACAUUCCGGGCUACGACUACGUAGACAACUCUCUCAUUUACAGCCGGGAGCCGGAGCGGUCCUUCAUGAGGCGCCUUAAAUCGGAAUCAUCCGAAACAUCUCUGUUCAAGAAACUCCGGACCAUAAAGAGCGAGAGUGACGCCUUGCGGCUCUCGAUAGAGGACGACCGGCGACCACUCAGCUUCCAAAAAUGCUUUGCGCACUAUGACGUCCAAAGUGUUCUUUUCAACAUCAGUGAGGCGGUGGCAAGCAGAGCAACCUUGAGCCAGAGGAAGAACACUACCACUGGGGCUUCAGCCGCCUCAGCUAUAGGGCUUGGAGCUGUGGUGCCUGGAGGUGGAGCAGUGGCUGGACCCGGGGCAGGGUGCUCCGAUGGCGGAGCAGCAGGAUGUAGCAGUGGAAAUGCCCCCAUGUUUGAGUCUCCACUCGGCAGCAGGGAGGACUUGAACCCCAAGGAGAACCUGGACGUUGACGAAGGGGACGGAAAGAGCAACAGCUUAGUGCUGACCUGUCCUCACUUCCGCAAUGAGAUCGGUGGUGAGGGCGAGAGGAGGAUCUCCCUCUCCAGAGCCAACAGUGCCAACUACAGUGGUUUGUCAGAGAGCUGCUCUUUUGAAUCCUCUUUAAGUUCCCACUGCACCAAUGCUGGCGUCUCCGUGCUAGAGGUGCCUCGAGAAAACCAGCCAAUCCACAGGGAGAAGGUCAAACGCUACAUCAUUGAGCACAUCGACCUUGGAGCAUACUACUACCACAAGUACUUCUAUGGGAGAGAGCAUCAAAACUACUUUGGGGUCGAUGACAAUCUGGGCCCCGUGGCGGUCAGCGUCCGCAGGGAGCGGUUGGACGAUGGGAAGGAGAAAGAUGGAAUGCAGCACAACUAUCGAGUCACCUUCAGAACCAGCCAGCUGACCACACUCCGUGGAGCCAUCCUGGAGGAUGCCAUUCCAUCCACUGCAAGACACGGGACGGCCCGCGGCCUGCCGCUGAAGGAAGUGCUCGAAUACGUCAUCCCUGAGAUUAAUAUCCAGUGUCUGAGGCUGGCCCUCAACUCCCCCAAGGUCCCGGAGCAGCUACUCAAGCUGGACGAGCAGGGGCUAAGCUUCCAGCACAAGGUGGGGGUGCUUUACUGCAAGGCGGGCCAGAGCACAGAAGAGGAAAUGUACAACAACGAGAGUGCUGGACCGGCGUUGGAGGAGUUCUUGGAUCUGCUCGGUCAGAGGGUGCGCCUCAAAGGCUUCACCAAGUACAGAGCGCAGCUGGAUAACAAGACGGACUCCACAGGCACACACUCUCUCUACACCACCUACAAGGACUAUGAACUGAUGUUUCACGUGUCCAGCAUGCUCCCCUACACACCCAACAACAGACAGCAGUUAUUAAGGAAGAGGCAUAUUGGCAAUGAUAUUGUCACCAUCGUAUUCCAGGAGCCCGGGGCCCUUCCUUUCACUCCAAAACACAUCCGCUCUCAUUUCCAACAUGUGUUUGUCAUCGUCAAAGUCCACAACCCCUGCACUGAUAACGUCUGCUACAGCGUGGCUGUGUCCAGAUCUAAAGACGUGCCUCCAUUCGGCCCCCCUAUUCCCAAGUCUGUGACUUUCCCAAAGUCUGCCGUUUUCAGGGACUUCCUGCUCGCCAAGGUCAUCAAUGGAGAAAACGCGGCACACAAGUCAGAGAAAUUCCGUGCCAUGGCGACUCGUACGCGGCAGGAGUACCUGAAGGACCUGGCUGAGAACUUUGUUAGCACAGCUACUAUUGACUCUGCUGUCAAAUUCAGCUUCAUCACUCUCGGAGCCAAGAAGAAAGAGAAGGUGAAACCCAGGAAGGAUGCACAUCUGUGGAGCGUGGGGGCCGUCACCUGGGGCGUCCGCGCCCGCGACUUUGGACAAUCGAUGGACGUGGACUGCUUGCUCGGCAUAUCCAAUGAGUUUAUUGUGCUCAUCGAGGAGGAAUCAAAAAACGUGGUAUUCAACUGCUCUUGUCGUGACGUCAUUGGAUGGACCUCAGGGAUUAUGAGCAUUAAGAUCUUCUAUGAGCGCGGGGAGUGUGUCAUGCUGUCCGCACACGACAACUGCGGAGAGGACAUCAGGGAGAUGGUGCAAAGACUAGAGAUUGCCACCAGAGGUUGCGAGACGUCGGAGAUGACGCUGCGUCGGAACGGCCUCGGCCAGCUCGGUUUCCACGUCAACUUUGAGGGAAUCGUGGCCGACGUGGAGCCCUUUGGCUUUGCGUGGAAGGCGGGGCUGAGGCAGGGCAGCCGGCUGGUGGAGAUCUGCAAGGUGGCUGUCGCUACUCUCACCCACGAGCAAAUGAUUGACCUGCUGCGCACCUCCGUCAGCGUCAAAGUGGUUAUAAUCCAGCCUCAUGAAGACGGCGCGCCCCGGCGGGGCUGCUCCGAGCUCUACCGCAUACCCAUGGUGGAGUACAAGGUCGACAGCGAGGGUACACCCUGCGAGUACAAGACUCCCUUCAGGAGAAACACCACUUGGCAUCGGGUGCCCACGGCUGCUGGACCGCAGCUGUCCCGGGGCUCGCCCACGCAGGGCCCUGAACGCCUGCAGUGCCAGCAGACCCUCCAGCAGCACCAGGCAGCCAUCCCACGGAGCACCUCCUUUGAUAGGAAGUUGCCAGAUGGGUCCAGGACAAUGCAGGAUAUGGAGAACCCCCAGGUCACCUCAUGUAACAAGGGGGACCAGCACUACCGCAGCUCCCCCAGUAACCAGUCCUCCUCCAGUGAUCCAGGACCCUGUGGCAGCAGCACCUGGUCCCAGCAGCCUGGAUACGAUGGGUGUCCCUCCCCUAUCCUCUAUGAGCGGGCAGGUGACAUCCAGGGGGGUGAGGGAGAGAUCCACAGGGAGCGGGAGCCCACCCUGGAGAGGACCAGAUCUGCAGAGGCCAAAUGGCACAUCCCCUCCACCAAGAUCCUGAACCCCCUGAAGCAAAGAGAAGGAGGGAAAGACUCCCCCAACAAGCUGUCCAGGACGGGCGAUAAAAACUCCAGCCACUCAAGUAGCAACACUCUCUCGAGCAACGCCUCCAGCAACAGCGACGAUAAGCACUUUGGCUCCGGAGACUUGAUGGACCCGGAGAUGCUGGGCCUCACGUACAUCAAAGGGGCUUCAACAGACAGCGGCAUCGACACUAAUCCCUGCGCGGCUCCUGGGGCCCGGGUGCUGCUGCAGGGCAGGUUGGGGGAGCAGGGACACUCCUGGGUGUCGGAGCACCAUGAAGACGGGGCGUCGGAAGAGGAUCACGGGAAAAUGUACCUGCCACAGGGCUACGCCUCCGCCAUUAUGUCUAGCCAUGGGAUGGAAGGAAGCAUCGGGGACCUGAGCGAGGUCUCAUCCCACUCGAGUGGCUCACACCACUCUGGCAGUCCCCUGGCCCGCGGUGCCAGAUACUGUAUGUCCGCUGACUCCUCCAAGGUGUACACCAUCCCCCAGACCAGCAGCUCAGUGCCGGGGCCAGAGACGGGGCCGGAGCCCAGCUCAGAGGCCUGUGGACAGACACGCCCACAGCCCGGUUGCACACUCCCAGGGGGAAUGAAGACAACUAAUGAUGAUGAUGAUGAUGCCCACAGCACUGAGGGACCGCCCAACAUUUCAGAGUGUGGGCAGCUGUACGCACAGGAGGCCGCCAUCCAGCUCCAGGCUACUGAGCAGGAUGGGAAAUCACUGCAGAGACUCUCGAAAGAAGAAUACCUUAAAAUGAUGUUGCCCAACAGCCCUCCAGGAGAAGACGGCAGUGGGAAGGUGUCAGCAGUGGGCAGCUCAUCGCCGAGACGCUCCCUCUACCGGACGCUAUCGGACGAGAGUGUGUGCAGUAACCGUAAGGGCUCGUCCUACGCCAGCUCGCAUAGCUCCAUUCUGGACCAAGCCAUGCCCAACGACAUCCUAUUCAGCACCACCCCACCUUACCACAGCACGCUGCCUCCUCGCAUUAUCCACAACCAGGGAGCAUCCAACCUAAGGAAUGAGUUUUGGUUCUCUGACGGCUCCUUGGCGGACAGGUCCAAGUUCAGCGACCCGGGCCUCAUGCCCCUCCCAGACACUGCCUCGGGCCUGGACUGGUCUCACCUGGUUGACGCAGCACGAGCCUUCGAAGACCAGCGUGUGGCGUCUUUCUGCACCAUGACGGACAUGCAGCGGGCGGAGGCUUUGCAGAUCUCAAGGGAGCUGACCAGACGGGUGGUGGAGGCGGAGGGAGCAGCACUGGAAGCAGACGGCGCCCCCUCCACACUAACUGGCAAAGUCAACCAGUUGGAGGUGAUCCUCAGGCAGCUGCAGCACGACCUCAGAAAGGAGAAACAGGAUAAGGCGAUGUUGCAGGAGGAAGUGCAACACCUGAGACAGGACAACAUGCGACUGCAGGAGGAGAGCCUGACGGCGUCGGCUCAGCUCAGGAAGUUCACAGAGUGGUUCUUUCACUCCAUUGACAAGAAACCCUGAGAAAGAGAGAAGGCUUUCACUCCUCCCGGGCACCCAGUCAACUCCUUUGUAAGACUCCCACAUGAUCCCCAGGCAAACAAACCAUUACCAGCCCACAGAGUAAUCAAGACCCUUAAAAAAAAAAAAAUUUACCAAAAAAAAGGCCCUGCUUAUGAGACUCUAGUGCAGCCCUGUGAUGAGAGACUUGAAACCCUGAUUUGGACCUUAGUUUUGGGACUUUGCUCUGUCUGAAGUGCUGGGCUGUUUCUGACGUUAUCAGUUUCUUUAUCCUGGUCUAAAGAGACUCUUGGGAAACCUCCUCAUCUCCUGCACUGGAGAGGAAUUCGGAAUCAUCUCGAGUCCCUGCGAUCUUCUUACAGUAGUGGAAUGUAAAGCUCAUUUACUGUAGUCAACAUAUAAUCUACCUACGUAUGUCACGUCAGUCCACUGUACUGUAUACUCAGCUGUACUGUAUCGUACUGCGCACACUGUCACACAGCUGUUUCUGUGCCGGCCUUCACGGAGACAGGAAAGUAGAGGGUGAGGCGUGGAGGGGAGGAAUGUACUGGACAUAAUGAAGUGGUACUUACUGUCUGCUUGCACCAAGAGGAAUCCACAUGUGGCGGUCUUUGAAAUAUACAAUGGGGGGGAGGGGGAAAUGAAUGUAGCUCAACUGAGACCCGUUUUUUCUGGAUUUCUGGUUCCCAAAGUCCCAAAACUUUCAAGGUUUGAUAUUCUAGGGCAUUUUUUUCUUUCAAUGAAUUCCACUUUUUUCUUUACCUCAGUGUUGUAAUGUAGGGUCACAUGGCAGUAAUCUUGAUGUUUUAAAGGUGCUUUCCCUACACACGUUCGUCAGUAGUUUCCAUUCACUGUCACAAUGUCCUAGCAAUAAUGAAGUGGUAGUUACAAAACUGUGUUUUUAAGAAGAAAAAAAAAGAAAAAAGAAGUUAGCACAAACGUGAAGAGUUCCUGUCGAGCAGCAGUUCUACUGGACAUGUAUUUAUAAAACAGGAAGAGACUGUGCCUGAAACUCUUGGUUGUAAAUGGAUUGUUUCUUUAUGCUUUUAAUUCUCUUUUAUAAACACAUGCCUUGUCUGUGGCUCACUGUGUGUGCGUGCGUGCGUGUGCGUGUGCGUGUGCGUGUGCAGCAUAAUGUGUUCUUAUGCAGUGGAUUCUAGAGCAUUAGAGCAAGCGCGCCAGUGAACCACACUUACAAUGCCAAAUGUGUUUAUUUCUGUACAUAUCUGCCACAGAAGUGUCUUGUAUUUAACACUAUUAUUUAAGCUUAUUUAACCUAAAGUUGUUUAUUUAAUUAAGUUUUAUUUUUCUGCACAAAGGAGAGAUAAAGCUCUGUGUAUGUUGUAAAGUGUGUAGCUUGCCAGGGCAAACAAAACUAUAUAUUUAAAUAUAUAAAUGAUGAUUUUGGAGAUUCCAACAUUUGGAUGCUGCUAGAAUACAGUUUGCUGGUUUGUAUGCUUUUAAAAUGUGUCUGCGUAAACUGUCUCAUCCCUGGUGGGACACU